CCACCCUGUAACAACAUACACACACCGGUCCUCGUCAUGACAGUCGUCGAAGCAUGUCGAUGUGUCGAUUUGCUUUCCCCGUCACAUCCGGACAGUCUCAGCCAUGAUGAGGGGUGAGCGCUAGUCGAGAUGUAUGUAUGUAUAUAUGUUCACCUCGGGAUUAGCACGUCUCCGCGCUUUCCGGUUGUGAAAGCCGCAACCAGGAGAGACCUGCCACGAAACUGAAGGUCAACGGCUACCGCACCUUCUCCACCGCACAAUGGCGCUGAUGGCGCUGAUGAUGAUCGCCAAAGCUGGCGGCAGCAUGGGGUGGUGCCGGCAGCCACUGUAUGGGACAAUCAGCGCGGCGGCGUCGCAGGCGAGGUGCCGUACCCACGUACGGCUGCCGUCACGCGACCUGAGCUGUGGUCCACAAGGCCAUUCCCGCAUGGUCUGCGGCGACGGAGGAGGGACCAGCGACCGCAUGCACCCGUUGACCAACAUGCUGCUUGGCCAUGUCCCGGAUGCUGCUGUCGCGGAAUGCACCUUCUUCCUGGCCGUCAGCUCCCCCCCUGUGGUGCCCUCGUCCUCGUCCUGGGAUGUCAUCCUCAUCGCUGGCGUCCCCAGCGAGCCAACAGAAAUCUUAAAGAAGCACGACGCUCACACCCGCCCACCCUUAGCAUGUCUGCCACUAACACGUCUGUACGACACUGUACGGUAGCACAUCACGACGACAUGCAACAACUCCGUCGUAGCGGACGGGCCGGCAAUCACCGCCAGCUACAACCCCAGGAUGACAAUGACGAUGCCGACGUGGCCAUCAGAAGAUCAUGACGGUGCACCGUACUUACUUCUACCAUAAUUACUUGAUGGCCUUGUAAGUCCGACAGACGAGCUUGUUUAUCUGUAUGUGUGUGUAUCUAUCCCAUGUGUGUGUACCUAUCACACCCGUUCCCCCUCACGACCCCCCUGGCACCGGAGCUCGCACCAGACUGACGGCCCGAGGCGGUUACCUACCACCUGUCCAUCCACGUACCCAUCAUCAUCAUUACAUGGCCAGGAUGGUUAAAGUUAUCAUUACUACUAUCAUUGCUGUGCUGUGGCUGUUUUAUAUGGACUUUGCGGUAUCCCGGAUGGCCGUAUCACCUUGGGAGGAAAUGAACUGCUUUCGGUGCACACACUGGCGUUCAUGAUUGCCCGGCAGCGUGUGCGGGUGGUUGGUAUGGUGGAGUGCUGGAGCACGCGGCGGAGUGGCGGAGGGUGAGUGCGGUGGCGCGGGGGAUUGGCCGGGAGGGGGAGUGGUGGGCCCUCAGUAGCUGUCGCCCGUGUGUGUUUGUGUGUGUGUGUGGAGGGGGGGGAGAAGCGUGUUGACGCUCCACUCCACCCUGACGUUAUGCUAACGGAAUCGCUUCUUCUCCUUCUCCUCCUUCUUCUAUCCCAUUAUAUUUUGCAUGAGAGCUCCUAAUCGGAAGGGA